AUGGCAAAGUUUGAUGCCUCCCACGAUUUCGCCCAUAUCAAACGCGUUGUACGCAGAGCUCAUAUCAUACACGAUGAGAUAAUCGCAGAUGCUGCCAGGACAAAUCAACCUGUACCGCAAUAUGACGUGACUACCAUCACUCUUUCUGCUUUGUUACAUGAUGUUGGGGAUAGAAAGUACGUCAAUCUCAAGAAGGAAAAUCCGAAGACAAUGAUAAAUACCUUGCUCUUGGGCUUUGGGGCGAAUACCGAACUGGCCGUGAAGGUACAGACCAUUUGUUCGGCCGUUUCAUACUUCGAAGAAAUGAAAGAUCUCCUUGUCGUUCGGAACCUCAUCAAUCAAUAUCCUGAGCUUGCCAUUGUUCAGGAUGCGGACCGCCUAGAUUCUCUUGGAGCUAUUGGUAUUGGAAAGGUCUUCACAUAUGGUGGCGCGAAAACAGAUAGGUCUAUGCUAGAAUCGAUAGAUAUAUUCGAUUGGAAACUGCUCAAAUUGCAGCCUUUGAUGAAGACAGAACCCGGCAGAGGAAUGGCACAGGAAGCGACGGGACGAUUGGAGCUGUUUAAGAACUGGUGGGUGGAAGAAGUCGCACUUGAGGAUGGUUACGAACCGCGUAUUACAUAG